AUGUUGUGGGUCGACAAGUACAGGCCGAAAUCGCUGGACAAGGUCAUCGUUCAUGAGGAUAUCGCCCAAAAUCUCAAGAAAUUGGUUACCGAACAAGAUUGUCCGCAUUUGCUCUUCUAUGGGCCGUCAGGUUCGGGUAAGAAAACCCUAAUCAUUGCGCUUCUCAAGCAGAUAUUUGGUGCUAGUGCAGAGAAGGUGAAAGUGGAGAACAGGUCUUGGAAAGUUGAUGCUGGGAGUAGAACUCUUGAUCUGGAGCUCACUACAUUAUCAAGCACCAAUCAUGUGGAACUUACUCCAAGUGAUGCAGGCUUUCAGGACAGAUAUAUCGUUCAAGAGAUAAUUAAAGAAAUGGCCAAGAACAGACCAAUUGACACAAAAGGAAAGAAGGGAUAUAAAGUGCUAGUACUAAAUGAGGUUGACAAGCUCUCACGAGAAGCUCAACAUUCUUUGCGGAGAACAAUGGAGAAAUAUAGCUCAUCUUGCCGUCUCAUAUUAUGUUGUAACAGCUCUUCGAAGGUUACAGAAGCCAUUAAGUCUCGUUGUCUUAAUGUGCGGAUAAAUGCACCUUCGCAGGAAGAGAUAGUGAAAGUGUUGGAGUUCAUUGCAAAGAAAGAAAGUCUGCAACUACCCCAGGGUUUUGCUGCUCGUAUUGCCGAAAAAUCAAAUCGCAGUCUUAGAAGAGCUAUUUUGUCACUUGAGACGUGUCGUGUGCAAAAUUAUCCGUUCACAGGUAACCAAGUGAUAUCUCCCAUGGAUUGGGAAGAGUAUGUUGUUGAAAUAGCAACUGACAUGAUGAAGGAGCAGAGUCCUAAAGGGUUGUUUCAGGUGCGCGGAAAGGUGUAUGAAUUGCUAGUUAACUGCAUUCCACCGGAAGUCAUACUGAAGAGACUUCUUCAUGAAUUGCUGAAGAGACUGGACCCGGACCUAAAGCUUGAAGUCUGCCAUUGGGCUGCAUAUUAUGAACAUCGGAUGCGAUUAGGUCAGAAAGCCAUAUUUCACAUAGAAGCAUUUGUGGCCAAGUUCAUGAGCAUAUACAAAAACUUCCUCAUUUCAACAUUUGGGUAG